AUGUAUCCAUUAGAUCCACAAUUAAGGCAAACUUACGCAGAAAUUUCUCUAAUUGCGCUUGGAGAACCGAGUUUGUCCGCAGAAUCAAGAAGAUUGGCCGCAGCGUUACGUGAUUCAUCAAACAUCGUUGAUGAUCCACUUCUGAAGAAGAUUGGACCAAUGUUUCCCAUAGCAAAUGAGAUUUACUCAAAUUCUCCAAAGAAUUCUUCCAACGAACAAAGCAGCGGUGAAUCCACAGCCAGUCUAAACAACAUGCAGCAGUCACUGAUGAGGUUCCACGUCGAGAAAACCGUGAUUUUCAGGGAAGACGGAAGUCAAACGAGUCCUACAGCGAUGUUCGUCCAAAAGAGCUUCAGAUUGCAGCCAAUGGGAUUCGUAUUGAGUUUGGUGCUGAUUAUUAUGUGGUCAGUUAGUUUUGUGAAGUAUUCUUCGAAUAGAAAAAAUUAUAUUUAUCAUAAUUAUGAUUUUAUCACUAAUAUCAUAUCAGAUAGCAUUGGAUUGUCGAAUAACCUCACAGCUGCUGUGUUUUGGCCCGGUUUCGUCGAUUCUCUCAAAAUUAAUUUUUCAAAUUUGUCAGAAAAAGAAUGUUACUCGAAAAUAGUUGGAUUAUACGAAUCAGUAUAUGAAUAUGUUACAUCUCUUCGCUUGGAUUUCCUUGUAACUUCAAAAGUUCUUGUUUAUUCAAACAAAUUUUUGACAACACAAACGAUAACUCAUAAUAAUCGUUGUGAAGCACUUAA